UUCGUGUGCCAUUCGUUUCUGCUGUUUUCUGCGUUAAUUUUUACACGCCUUAACCCCCGUAACCAAAAACUGUUUGUGGUGUCCAAGUGUGGAAACGGUCGUUUGAUGUUCUACAAAUAGUGUGUCGUGUUCUGCAAUCAAAAACCCCGUCACCGGUCGGUUCCUUUUCUGCUGCAAAUUUGGUUACUGCUGGGUGUAUCAGCUAUCAAACACAUACACACAGGCAGCGGUGCAAAAGCGUUGGAAGCCCAAACAAGCCGAACACAAUUGUUCGUUUCGAUCCGGUAGCAGCGGAUCGGUUGUGCCCAAAUAAAACGUGACCAGUACGGGGAAGUUGCACAACAAAUUGUCGCAUCAGACAGACCUUUGGCGAAGAAGAGGUGAUUUCGCGUCCCCACCCUACCCGCUUCAGAGCAAAACCAGCUGAGCUAACAAAUGCCAAUAGUCACCGCAUUCUGAACCACUGCGCGCCAGCAUCCGAGCUUCGAGUGGGGGAAAUAGAACCACCAGCCAUGGCACCGGAUGCGAUCGGGACGGCACUGUACGGUGACAAUAACAACCAGCACGAGAAGCCACACCAGCGACCGGUUAUGAUGAACGGUGCACCGAAGGUAAACGCGCACCCGGUCGCUAACGGUGAUGUGCAACACAAAAGCAACAGCAGCAGUACCCACCACCACCAGCAGCAACAACCGGCGGACGAGGAUCGUUCAGCCCGGCAAUCGCUCAUCAUACUGGCAGCCAUCUUCUUUACCAGCCUGUUCGCGAUGGUGUACGUGUACGCAAUGUUUCCCCAGCUGGAAGAGUCAGAAAAGCAAUACCUUAAGGUGCCGUUUGAUAUCGAAGAUGCGAAGCAGCUGGGCCGGGUGCUCGAUCGCUACAAAGAUCUGUACAAUGUUGAGGUGAUGUUUGGCAUCAUACUGGUGUACAUAUUUCUACAAACGUUUGCCAUUCCGGGUUCGUUGUUCCUAUCGAUACUGAGCGGAUUCCUGUACAGUUUCCCGGUUGCACUCACGCUCGUAUGCUUCUGUUCCGCGCUCGGUGCCACCCUGUGCUAUCUGCUGUCGCAGCUGGUCGGUCGGCGGCUGGUAAAGUACUACUUCCCCGAGCGGGCCCACCAUUGGGCGAAACAGGUCGACCGGCACCGGGACGAUCUGCUCAGCUACAUGCUGUUCCUGCGCAUGACACCGUUCCUGCCGAACUGGUUCAUCAACCUAGUCGCGCCGGUGAUCGGCGUACCGCUGUACCCGUUCGCGCUCGGCACAUUCCUCGGCGUUGCGCCACCCUCCUUCAUCGCCAUCCAGGCGGGCAAAACGCUCUACAAGAUGACCAGUUCGAGCGAUGCGUUCAGCUGGGGCUCGAUCGCGAUGCUGGCCGCCUUCUCCGUUGUAGCGCUCGUGCCGGUUAUCUUUAAGCGAUACUUUAAGACAAAGAUCGACUAAGGCGGUGCUUGGGUUUUGUCGAUGUAUUUACUUCAAUGCUAAAUUUCUUGCACGACACAGGCCCUAUGCCGAUAGCUUAAUAAUGUGUAGCCAAAGAGAAAAAAAAACACACACAAAAACACAGCAACUAAAUUUUAAGUAAGUCAAAUCUGUGCGUGCACGAGGUUGGUUCAACCGUUCAACGUGAUUAUUCCUAUUAAUGCUACCGAUGGACGGGUGAUGAUGAUACGCGAACCGCUUUUGUUUUAAUUGCAUGGAUCGACUCUCAAAUGCAACUACCAUCGUGAAAACUCUCCACAAUUUCCACACAUCGCAUGUGGUAAAAUGCACAUGCCAGGGUGGUUAGAAUGUAAGCUAGGGAAGCGAAUGAAACGAGGAACAGACAGAAACAACAGCAGCUACUAAAACAAAAACGAAGACUAGCAUAUAAUCUAGCGAAAGGCAACUUAUUGGUAGAUACAAAACCAACAAUCAAAACCGGCACAACAAAACAAUAACAGGAUCAGUUCAGGAAUAUUUGUAUUUUGAUAGUUAUGUUCAGCUUGUCUCUAAAUUUACUGUCACAACUAAAUUGAAAACGUGGAAAAGGUGUGUAGAUAUCGUUUUAUUUUACUGUUUUUUUUGUUUGUUUGUUUGUUUGUUAUGUGAUUAUAUCCUUAUUAGUACGAAUUAACAGCGACAGGCACGAGCGCGAUACACCAAUGAGUGCAUGAAGCAGGAAAACAGACAGCGCAGCAAAGUUAGUCACACCAGCAGUGUGACAAAGGCUGCCGCCUAAUUGUGAAGCACAUAAACAAACGAAACAGAAUACCGAGCGGGCGUACAAAUACAAGAAAUAGCUAAAUGUCGCAAAAAAUUAGGCAUACAAGUAAGAUAACCGGAAGGAAAUGGGAACCCACUUGGCAGGUUAGGUCGUGGGAAAAUAAAACCAGAAUGGAAAUUCGCAUAAGCAACACACACAAGCACGAAAGUCAUUGUACACGUCUAUCCGGGCUUACCGUUGGGAGCGAUAGUCACGCGCUUACGAGUUAGGUGAUCGGUAGACGAUAAUUUAUUUGCAUAGAAAAAAAAAAUGGAAAAACCAAUACAAAAACCAAUUCUGUGGUAUAAAGGUUAGUACUGUGGGAAUGGUAGGCUCCCACCAUCAGAGCCGAUUGGCUAGUUGUGGUAUAUGAUUUUGCCCUUCCUUGUUUCCAAUAUACUUACCGUGUGUACCAUGCGUAAUAAACGAACCGAUACGAUUAAACCGGACCAAAAGCUAAACCAUGGUUGUCCAUUCAUU